AUGGCUUAUCAAGAUAUAAACCAAGGACAGAAACAUCCAUUUGGUAAUAAAGUUCAAACUGCUAGUCAGGCAGUCCUGGACCUGUACAAAAAAUUAAGUUGCGCACCAACAGACGAUGAACAAAUUCGUCUUUUAGCAGCUUUGAAGUGCUUUUUAGUAUUAGACGACGAAGAAGCUUUUCAAUUAAACAGUGCGCAAUAG